UGGACCAAUUGAAUGGUACUUUUUUAAGCGUAGUGCUGAUUAUAUUUUUCGUAAGAAUUAUUAUAUGGUUGCUCUAAAAAAACUUAAUAAUUCUAAAAAUAUCACCUCCAAGGAAUUGAAUGAGGUACAGUACAUAGCAUAGUACAAUAUUUUAAUUUAAUGAUGAUAAUAAAUUGAUUUUUUUUUUAGCUAAAGUUAUUUUAUCAGAUUGUUUCAAAUAGUUACACAACGAGUUAUGUUUGUGAAUAUUUUGGAAUUACUCAAGAACCUGUUAACAAAGAUAUCAUAAUUGUUAUGCCAUAUUAUAAUUCAGGCGAUUUGAUGCAUUAUUUAAGUAAUGAUUUUUAUAAUAUUAGUUGGUUUAUAAAAUUAUGUCGAUUGUAUAACAUAAUAGUAGGACUUAAAAAUAUUCAUGAAGCAAAAAUUAUUCACAGAGAUUUACACAGUGGAAAUAUCUUUUUUAGUAAACAUUUUGCGUGUAUAGGUGAUCUGGGAAUAAGCAAAUCUGCAACUGAAUUUACAGAUAAUAAUGAGAAUUAUGGUAUUAUUCCUUAUAUGGCACCAGAGAUUUUUCAAGGACAAAAAUAUACAGAAGCUUCAGAUGUAUAUAGUUUUGGAAUGAUUAUGUGGGAGUUUAUGACAGGAAGAAGACCUUUUUGGAAUGAAAAUCAUGAUACAGAACUUAUAAUUAACAUAUGUGACGGAUUAAGACCACCAAUUGUUACAAAUGCACCUGAAGGAUAUAUUGAAUUAAUGAAAGAUUGCUGGCAUUCCGAUCCGAAGAAAAGACCAUCAGCUAUUGUUAUAUAUUGGAAGCUUAAUAAAAUGCGGGAUACGGAACGGAAAAAUACUGCGACUAAAAUUAUGGAAUCAUCAGAUAUUGGGCCUGUAACGAUAAAUAAUCCAGGUGCUAUUUAUAAGAGUAGACCUUUAAGUCAUUUGAUUCAAUCUGCAAUGUCUUUAAGGAGUUUAAGAAAUCAAGCUAUCGAUCCAUUUUAUUAUUAUUGUAUGGAAAAUAAUGAAUCAUUUACUGAUAAAAGAAAGUUUGAAGUUGAUUUAGUUGACAAAAAUAAUAAUAAAGACAAUGGCCAAAGUAUUAAAAGAAGAAAAUUUUUUGGAGAAAUAAAUAAUGAUUACUUUACGAAAGAAAUUGAAUUAGAUAUUAAUAUUAAUUCUAAUCAACCUAAUAAUAAUGGAUAUAUUAGUUAUAUUACCAAGGAAAUUGAACUUGAUAUCAACGCUCUUUAAAUUAUAAAUUUUUAAAGCCAAUUAUAUUAUAUACAUAUAUGAAUUAUUUUACUGA